AUGCUUAGACCAAGGACUUACGUACGUAAGUUGGCUUGGAGAUGCCCAAAAAAGUCGCAAUUUGGGCUAAGAUUAGCUACGAGUGUACCUAGUCAUAAAUCAUUGCCACUUCAGAUGAAUUUUGAUAUAUCACAUUCACAAUCUGCAUUUAGAGCGUAUCAGGAUAUUAUACAUAGAAAUAAAAGUGUGGGUGAUGAUGAACCUUCACAAAGGUCGGAAAACGAAAAUGGCCCGUCUGAGUCGGACAAGGAUUCCAAUCAGGAUCCGGAAACGCCAAAGAAAGACAAGGAACUGGAGAAUGACAAAGAACCGGAGAAAGAAAAAGAUAUUGUUGAGAAGGAUAAUAAGGUGUCGUCUGAAUCUAAUGAAAAUGUUACAUCGGCAUCGUCGAAUACAGGUGGUGCAGCGGCCCCACCGAACGGCAACAAUAAUGGAGAUGAUCCAGACGAUUCGAACCCUCUGCUUCCGGUUGAUCCUGUGACUGGGUUGUAUCCACCAUUAUUGGCCAUUCCUAUGAAGGAUCGUCCUCCACUUCCUGGGCGUCCAUUCGCGAUUAAUGUCACAGAUCCGGAGGUGAUUAGAUCCAUAUACACUAUCAUCGAUAAACGGGAACCAUAUUUUGUAUUGUUUCACGUAAAAGAUUCUAGUGAACCUGAUACGGACGUCAUAAAUAAGAAAGACUCGGUGUAUGAUAUAGGGGUCCAUUGCCAAAUUAUUAGACACACGACGCCUAGACCGGGGGUAUUUAAUGUUUUAGGUUACCCUCUUGAAAGAUGUAAAUUAGAAGAAUUAACCACACCAAGUAGUCAAAAGGAGGCUAUAUCUGAAGAGCCUGCAAAAGAAGAUGCGGAAAAUUUCCCAACAUCUUAUUUAAAGGGUCUCAAUGUUUCAUAUGCAACUGUUAAACCAGUUGAAGAUGAACCUUAUGAUAAAUCUUCUGCAGAAAUUCGUUCGUUAGUGGAAUCAUUAAAGACAUUAUUAAGUAAAAUGGGUGGUAAAAACCCACUCGAAAAGCUCCAAAUUAAAGAAGGAACGGACUUAAUUAGUGAUCCAUCUAAAUUUGCGGAUUUUGUUGGUUCAACCAUACAUGGUGAUCCAAGGAAAAUUCAAGAAAUAUUAGAAACGUUGAAUAUUGAGACCAGAUUAUCUAGGGCAUUAGAAUUAUUGAAAGUCGAGCUUAAAGCCAGUUUGAUUAAAGAAAGCACUAUACAUAAUUUAAGUACCAAAGCUGAUGAAUACCAAACUCGUCUUUUCAUAAAGGAGUUUAUUAAGGAAUUGCAAAAGCGUGCUGGUAUUUCCGAAUCAGAAGAUAAAAAAACCUCCAAGUUUGAUGAAAGACUUAAACAUUUGAAACUUACGGAAGAAGCUAUGGAAGCAUAUAAUGCUGAAAAGGCUAAGAUGGAAAACCAAAACGAACACUCUAGUGAAUUAGGUGUUAGCGAAAGAUAUUUAGAUUGGUUGACAUCGAUUCCAUGGGGUGUUUAUUCCAAAGACCGCUUCAAUAUUAAACAAGCAAGAGAAGUUUUAGAGCGUGAUCAUUAUGGCUUGAAGGAUGUUAAAGACCGUAUUUUGGAGUUCAUUUCUUUAGGUAAGGUUUCUGGUAAAGUUGAUGGUAAGAUUCUAUGCUUGGCAGGUCCUCCAGGUACAGGUAAAACAUCCAUUGCUAGAUCCAUUGCAGAAUCAUUGAAUCGUAAAUAUGUGAGAAUUGCUAUGGGAGGUAUACAAGAUGUUCAUGAAGUUAAAGGACAUAGAAGAACAUACGUUGGUUCUAUUCCAGGCCGUAUUAUUUCUGCUUUGAAACAAGCCAAAACUUCAAAUCCUUUGAUGUUGAUCGAUGAAAUCGAUAAGCUUGACUUGAGUCGUGGUGGUGGUGCUGCUUCAGCAUUCUUGGAGAUCUUAGAUCCUGAGCAAAACAAUUCAUUUGUAGAUAAUUACAUUGACGUUAAGGUUGAUUUAUCAAAAGUUUUAUUCGUGUGCACUGCAAAUUACUUAGGAAAUAUUCCGGCUCCUUUGAGAGAUCGUAUGGAAAUUAUUGACGUCUCUGGUUAUACCAAUAAUGAGAAGAUUGAAAUUGCUAAAAGACAUUUGAUUCCUGAAGCCAGUAAAAAAGCUGGUUUGGAAACAAACCAUGUCUCUAUUACCAAUGAAACAAUUUCUAGAUUGAUUGAAAAGUACUGUCGUGAAAGUGGUCUUAGAAAUGUUAAAAAGUUGAUAACUAGGAUUUUCAGUAAAGCCUCACUUAAAAUUGUGGAAGAAAUUGAAGGCAAGGAAGCUCUUGAUUCUUCUAAAGAAAAGGAAGGAGUUACUGCUGGUUCCGAAGAGGCAAACGUUAAUAGUGAAUCUACGAAAUCUAAUACAUCUCAAUCAGAACCUGUCGCUGAAAGUUUGACAAAACCUAAAACCGCUUCUGAAAAAGUCGAGACAAAAGAAGAGAAGGAAACAAAUAAAGAAAAUGAACAGUCGGAAGAGGAUCAAAAACCUGAACCAAAAUUUGUUAUUCCUGAAGACGUUAAAUUAGAAAUAACACCAGCAAAUCUAAAAGAUUAUGUGGGUCCAGAAAUUUACACAAGAGACCGUGUAUAUGAAUUCCCACCACCAGGUGUUGCAACUGGUCUUUCUUAUAGUACUUCAGGUAAUGGUGAUGCUCUUUACAUUGAAUCGAUCUUAACCCAUUCUAUUGGAUCUGGAUCUGGAGUUCCAGGUAUGAAUGUCACUGGUAGUUUGAAGGAUGUUAUGAAAGAAUCUGCGUCUAUCGCUUAUUCUUUUACUAAGCUGUUCAUGGCCAAGAAUUAUCCAGACAAUAGGUUCUUUGAAGCAGCCGAUAUUCAUGUUCAUUGCCCUGAUGGUGCAAUUCCAAAGGAUGGUCCUUCUGCUGGUAUUUCAUUUACGUCCUCAUUGGUUUCAUUGGCAAUCAAUGAAUCUUUGCCUCCAACUGUUGCCAUGACAGGUGAAAUCACUGUCACAGGUAGAGUAUUACCAGUAGGUGGUUUAAGGGAAAAGAUAUUAGGUGCUAAAAGAUAUGGCUGUGAUACUAUAAUCUUCCCUAAAGAUAUUGAAAACGAACUUGAAGAAAUCCCAGAUGAAGUCAAAGACGGCGUAACAUUUAUUCCAGUGGAGUGGUAUCAAGAAGUCUUUGAUAAGAUCUUCCCUAACGCCACCGCUCAAAAAUGUAACGAAGUAUGGAAAGAAGAAUUUGCUAAAUUGGACCUGAAAAGGAAGAACAAAAAGAAAUGA